AUGACGGCGGCCAAAGUCGCGCUCGUCACGGCGUCCAGCGCGGGCCUGGGCGCGGCGACAGUCAAAGCGCUCGCGCCCUUUUUCCGCGUAGUGGUCAACUACAACUCGCGGCUCGAAAAGGCGCAAGAGGUGAUAUCGCAGGCUUCGGCGAUCGCGCCGACGUACACGGUCUCGGCGGACCACGGCCCGCGGUUCCACGCCGUCAAGGCCGACGUCUCGCAGCGGUCCGAGAUCCAGCGCCUCGUGUCCGAGACGGUGAGCGUCAUGGGCCGGCUGGACGUCGUGGUCAGCAACGCCGGCUGGACGCGGCUGACCGACUUCAGCGACCUCGAGCAGCAGGUCAACGAGGACGACUGGGACCGCUGCUUCAACGUCAACGUCAAGAGCCACCUGUGGCUCCUGUACGCCGCCAAGGACCACCUCGAGAAGGUCGCCGACGAAGAGGGCGAAGGCGGCAUCGGCGGUGCCUUCGUCACCGUCGCCAGCUUGGCCGGCGUGAGGCCCAGCGGCUCCAGUCUUCCGUACUCCGUCACGAAGGCGGCCGAGAUCCAUCUGACAAAGGGCCUCGCCGUUAUCUGUGGAAAGAAAAUCAGGUGUAACAGUGUCAGUCCCGGCCUGAUGUUGACCGAGUGGGGCAACAAAUUCCCAGAAAAAAAGAUUAAAGCGACCGCCGACAAGGCACUUCUCAAGUCAAUCGCCUCUCCAGUUGACGUUGCCGACCAGAUCAAGACUCUGGUCUUGAGUAAAUCAAUAACAGGUCAGAAUAUCGUCAUGGACUGCGGUAUCGCCAUCUAG